UGAUUUUUUUUUUUUUUUUAGAUCUUUUUGAUUAAACCUUUCAUAUAAUGUCAGAAUCUUUGGAGAUCGUCUCAAAGGAGACAGUAAAUCAAGCAUCCGCUUCAAACAUUUUAAAAUGUCUCGUUAUUGAUACCAAUGCCAUUAUCAACGGUACCUCUCUCAGAAACAUGGCCGAAGAAUUUUAUACUUGUCCCGAAGUUUUGUACGAAUUGCGUAGUGCUCAUUCCAAGGAGUUCUUAUCUAGAUUACCUUUCGAGUUAAAGAUCUUGAACCCUACCGAAGAAGCUAUGAAGACAGUGAUUGAAUUCUCCAAGAAGACAGGUGAUUUCGGUGUACUUUCUACUCCUGAUUUAAAGGUUCUUGCUCUUACCUUGACACUUGAAUUGAGAGAAAACGGUGAUGAAAAUAUCCGUAAAGAACCUCUUAAAUGUAGACCUAGUGGAGCUCUUCCUAGCGCACCUCCACCAAUGUCUUUUUUCAAGAGACCUCAGUUAGAAAAGACAUAUGAUGAAGACGGUUGGGAGAUCGCAACAAACACAAAGAGAGCACCUGCCAAAAAGUAUAACAACACUCCUAAAAAGUUGAUUAAAAAACCUAAAGCACCUGUUGAGGAAUUAGUUGAAGCCGUUGAGAAGAUUGAGAUUAAAGAUGAAGAGAGUAUUGAGUCUGCUCCUGCAAAGGAAGCUCCCGUCGUUGAAAAGUCCCCCGUUACCGAAGAGGCGCCUGUUACUGAAGAGACACCUGUUACUGAAGAGGCUCCUGUGACUGAAGAGGUAGCUCCCGUUUCUGCUGAAGCCGCUGCUAUUCCUUUAACCGAAGAAGAUGAUGAGGAUGAUGACGAGGGAGGAGAAUGGAUUACACCUGAUAACGUCGAUGAAUAUAAAGCUGCUGAGAUUGGUGUUACUGCCGAUGAACUCCGUAAGAAGGCUGUUAUGGCUGUCGGUUGUAUGACUGCAGAUUUCGCCAUGCAAAACGUCUUAUUACAAAUGAACUUGAAUUUGGUAUCUGCUGGUGGUUAUCGUGUCAAGAAAAUCAGAAAUUCAGUUAUGAGAUGCCAUGCAUGUUUCUUCGUAUGUAAUGACUUAGAAAAGAAGUUCUGCCCCAAGUGUGGUAAUGCUACCCUUCAACGUGUUACUUGUAGUACAAACUCCAAGGGAGAAAUCGCAUAUCAUUUAAAGAAGAACUUCCAAUACAGACUUCGUGGUAGUGUAUAUGAUAUUCCUCCUCCCAAGGGUGGCCGCAAAACCAAUAAUAUCGUAUUGAGAGAAGAUCAACGUGAUUAUAUGAAGGCUACCGAAAGAAAGACAAAGAAGCAUGUCGUUGAUAUGUUUGAUCCUGAUUUCAUUCCUUUGUAUGGUAAAUUAGAUACCAAGGAGGUGACAAACAACAUGCAUGGUACUGAUACCAUUGGUUAUGGCCGUAAAAACCCCAAUUCUUCUAAAAAGAGAGUUGGUAAGAAGAAGAGAAUUCAUACCUUCUAAAAUGUAACUACUUUUUUUUUUCAUCUUACAUACACACACCCUACCU